UCAUAUUAGCAGACAUCGGAUCUCUUGUAAACCCUGAGGUAAACCCUCAGACCUCCGUGGUGAAGGAGAAGGUGGAGUCUGUAGACUUCGGCCUAUCACCAUGUCUGCAUAUAAACACAUUACAUUUGUAAACAUACACACACAGAUAACACGGUGGCUUCCGUUAGGGGUCGAUCUUAAUGUUUCACGUAAUGCUUUCGACUUAAACACGCCAACCGUGGCUUAUUAGCAUUGUAGCGGCUGUCCGGAUAACAUUAUAGCCUGAAGACAUCUCUCCAUCUCUCGUUAAAGAACUACGCUGGAUGAAAACCGGUGGGGGGGGGAAAGCUAGCUAUCUGGCUAAUAUCCUGAGAUCUAUGAGAGGAAACUGAAAAUGACUCGAGAGAAGAUGUAGCUUGAUAAAUAAACAAUUGUUGGCCAGGAGAGGAGCUGAAUCUUCUGGACAAGAGAUCUGGAUUUGUUUAUCAGUAAGAAUCAUCAGUCAAUCAUCUUUUCCUAAAUGGAGAAAAAAGAGAAGAGGCCCAGUUACUUCACCAGGCUGAAGAAGAGGCGGCAGCUGAAGCAGGGCCAAUCAGAGAGGGCCAUGGCUAAGGAAAGCCAAUCAGACACAGACUUGAAGGUAUCAGUGAUUUGUGAGCCCAGUUUGACUACGCAGAUCGAUGAGAAAACCCGACAAAGUGAAAAGCCUAGUAAAGCUGAGAGAACUCUGAACGGAGAAUCAGUGGACAACUACAAAUCCAACGAACAGGCCAAAAAAACAAAGCAAAAGCCUCCAGGCACUGUAGAGUACACAGUGACCUCUAAGGACACCUUAAACAGCAUCGCGCUGCAGUUCAACGUCACCCCAAAUAAAAUAGUACAGCUGAACCGGCUCUUCUGUCACAGCUUGGUUCCAGGACAGAAACUCUUUGUCCCUGAUAUUGGGCAGUCAGUAAUAUCCAAGGGUUUCAAAGCUCCCGCAGGAAAAGAGUUACAGGAUGACAAAUCAAGCUGUAGGUUGAGGCACCGCGAGCUGUCUCCUCCAUCUGAGGACGAGAGCCCGGUCAAAUUCCUCAAGAUGAGCUGCAAGUACUUCACCGACGGCAUGGGAGUCGUCGGCGGUGUGAUGAUCGUGACACCCAAUAACAUCAUGUUUGACCCUCAUAAGUCGGAUCCUCUAGUGAUCGAGCAUGGCUGUGAGGAGUACGGCCUCAUCUGCCCCAUGGAAGAGGUGCUGUCCGUGGCUCUGUAUGAUGACGUGUCUCGUAUGCAGCUCAAGGAUGCUCUGCCGUCUGACAUACCUCAGGAUCUGUGUCCGUUAUACAGGCCAGGUGAGUGGGUGGAACUUCCGUCCGAACAGGAUCUGAACCCCUUUAGCCGCUACGAGGCCCUCGGCAAAUCCAACUGCCCGAUCGUCUUAGAUGACAUUGAGACGACGACCGUUUGUCCCCCUGCUGACAAGUCACCAUCCGACGAAGGCUUCACUGAGCUCGAACUGUUACAGAAUGACUCAGGAACCGAGAACGGAAGCACCGAAACAUCUCGCAGCAGGCCUGAGACUGCUGACACUACCUGCCUGAGUCUGGAAGAAGCAUCUUUGCAAGAUCUGAGUGAUUCUGUAGAAACAAAAAUGAGCGUGCUGGUCCUAACAGACCAGGCAGUUAAUGCAAUGAGGUCAUGUGAUGCAAACCAAGUAGAGGACGAGGAUGAAGGCCUUCAUAACCGUUCCACAGUCGAGAACGUAGCGUCAGUGUUAAACUUGGACAAAAAUGACACAUUGUACAAUGAAACAGAGCCUGUUGAAAAGGGAGUCGUGGUUGCUGUAGUUCAUGAGAUGAAGGAGGUGGAGAGCUCAAAUAAAGAUAAGAUUCUCACUCCUGAUUCUCCUAAAGUGGAACAAGUAGUAGAUAAGGAUCAAAAAAGAACAGUGAGCUCUGAUGACGUAACUGGGGGUUCUGGGCCAAGCUAUGAAGAGGAUAAAAAGACAACGAAGAGACCAAAUGUAGAUGAAGGAUUGAGCAAGAAGGACGAAGAUCUGCAGAACAGUGAAACGGAGAUGUCAUGGCUGAUGAAACGGAUGCAGGGUCCGAUCGAAGAUAUGCUGCUCUCUGCAGAAGAGAAAAGCAAGAAACCCCCCAUGUUCCUCUGCUUCAAAGUAGGGAAGCCCAUGAAGAAAUCCUUUGCGACUGGCCGAACCUCCAGCCCCACUCACUUUUUUGGGAGCAGAGGGAAACCCCCAGAGUACUGGUUUGCGGUUCCACAGGAAAGGGUGGACCAUCUCUACUCGUUCUUCAUCCAGUGGUCUCCCGAUGCCUACGGGAAAGACGCGCAGGAGCAGGGCUUCGUAGUCGUAGAGAAGGACGAACUUAACAUGAUCGAUAACUUCUUCAGCGACCCAGUGCCCAGAAAUUGGGAGAUCAUCACCAUGAACGAAGCAAAGAGGAGGCAAAGUUUUAGCAGUUUUGAGGAUGAGGAACCACUGGACCUACUGUCUGUUCUGACCGACCCCAGCAUGUUAUUUGAAGACACGCACAUCGAGAAGUUGGCUGCUCGACUCCCAGCCAGGGUUCAGGGUUAUCCAUGGAGGCUGGCCUACAGUACAGUGGUGCAUGGAACCAGUUUGAAGACUCUGUACAGGAACCUGGGGGAGCUGGACUGCCCUGUGCUGCUGGUCAUCAAAGACAUGAACGAUCAGGUUUUUGGAGUUUUCUCUACUCACCCAUUCAGAGUUAGUGAGCACUAUUAUGGCACUGGGGAGACCUUCGUCUAUACCUUCAGCCCUGAAAUUAAGGUCUUUCGCUGGACUGGUGAAAACUCCUACUUUGUAAAGGGAAACUUGGACUCUCUUCAGAUCGGAGGUGGAGGGGGUCAUAUUGGCCUGUGGCUGGAUGCUGACCUGUAUCAUGGGACCACCUCCAAAUGCUCCACUUUUAACAACCAACCAUUGUCUUCACAACAAGAUUUCACUGUCCAAAAUCUGGAGGUCUGGGCCUUCGAGUGAAGUUCCGUACCAUGUGAAGAAUACACGCAUAGAUACACACACACACACACACACACACACACACACACGUACACAUCAAAAUAUAAAAUCAGACAUAAUGGCAAGUAAUAUAUAAAGUGAUGGAGAAAUGGUCUACAGCUGGAUAUGUGGGGCUUCACUCUUCCUAAAAGGUUUCACAAUAAGGCACUAGUCACUUGUCACCAGACCAAGUUUCCCAGGUUGUGUUUUGAGCUCAUUAAGAAUAGGACGAAGGGUAAGAAAGAAGCAGGCUUCUGUUUGUGCCUCACUUAGACUGCCUUAAUAUUGCACACCUACCCCAGCAUGCAAUAGUGUAUCCAAGCUCCGCGUAACUAAAUAUAUCCCUUUAUAGGCUGUGACUUCAGAGCCUUAGUCAUAUUCAUCAUGCUUCCGAACCUUGGAAUGAGCCGAAGCUUGAUAUUUGAAAUAUUUCUCCAAACUCCUGUGGAUCUGUACAGGAACAGGGACUACGGUGAUGUUUACAAAAGGAAAAUGAGACCAGUUUGGUAGCGAUUAGGGGAAUCGUUCGGUUCACUUAAAGCGCGAGUGGCCGUGACCGACGCGGACGCCAUUCAUGUGAAACACAUUCCAUUUGAUAAAAAAAAAAAAAAAGAACUAUUGUCUUGACCAAAGCUUUUUAUUUAUAACUUUCCAUGUACAUUUUUUUGUUUUAUAUCGUUUGUGUGGUUUUUAAAAUUUGAAAUCAUGUCUUUUUAAUUGAAGGUUAUAUAUAUAUAUAUAUAUAUUCUCUGUAUGUGAGGAUUCUGUUCACUUCAGUUUUGUGCGUUUAUGAUUUAUAUUAUAAAGACCUCGUUCGGUCGACACUAAAGCUGGAAAGGGCGCACGGUGGAAGUAAUGUCAGUAUUACAAGUUUGCCACCGAUUUAAAGGUUUUGACUGUUUCACUGUGGUAGUGUUACAGGUCUCACACUAAUACACACCGUCGUUAUUCACAAUACGGUCUAAUCUACAUGUGAGUGCCUGUCAUGUCUUCAGUGAUGAAUAGAAGGGUCAUGAGUGAAAGCAAGUAGUCAGUAUACCGGUCAUACCAACAGGUUCCUGCAUGCUUUCGUUAACGGUUUGUUGGCAUUCCCAGUGAAUCUAUCUCUGCUCUGUAGUUCAGAACAAAAGCUGUGAAUUAUGGAAAAGAAUUGUAACGAACCACUAACAAGUGUAUGAACGUCACUAACUUCUGUAUAUCGUACAAACUUGGAAAAAGGAAGUAAAGUAGAGGUCGACCUGCGGGUUCGACGGGGUGUAAAGGGAAAAAAAAUUGGAUUUGAAAAAAUGGUGCGUUGUCACACGGUUGAUGGUGGGAUGAUGUUUAUCACUACAGUCGGAAAUCCCUUUUCACGCUUACCUAAACUAACACCACGCACAUGUAUCGGUGUACCUCGUCCAGCUUCAAUUACACUUUGUUUCCUCAGUGUGAUUGUGAUCGGUCUGUUCAGUUCAACACAACACCCAUGUGCACUAAAUUCCUGCUCAUCUUUAAACCGCUCGUUAUGUUUAAAUGUCAAAUGCGAAAGGGAAAUAAACAAGUCCACGAAAUACAUUUCACUUUAAAUGUUGCAAAGUGUCUGUUCCUUGAAUCCAAAUCCCGUCUGGUUCUAUUUCACCCCUCCGAACAGCCAAGGGCAGUGUGUCACAUAAUCAUAUGCCACGUGUACAUCUACCCUGAGAUCUUCCAACAAGGUUGUUUCACGCUGAUGACGCAGUACUCGCUAUGACCGCCGUCAUUGUCUUCUUCCUUCUUAGCUGAGUGCAUGACUUAUUAAAUUCUCACCGUAUAGAGCUUUUUGUGAGAGAGAGGUGUUUGCUCUAAUGAAUUUAGAUGUAAAAAAGAAAAGCUACGUCCAUAACACCGGCAUUAUUUAUACAACACUGCUGGGCUCUGCCUUGAGUCAUGUGUUGUUGUUGUUUUUAUCUCUGAUGCUAGUUUCUAUUCACUGUACCAUUUUGGGUUGUUUGUUUUUUCACCAUGUUUGUUCCCUCUUAGACAUUUCCUCUCCAGAUCUCCUAUCAGCUAGCUCUGGCCAAUAGUUAGCUAGCUUGUGUCUUGCACAUUUUCAGAUUUCCACAAUAUGCUUUGUGCUAGCGAUUGCUAAUUCAGCUGGAUUCCAACAAAUUCACAGCUGUUUGUGACCAGUAUCAGUUGUUGCUCUCUGGCAGAGGCGAAGAGUCUGCUGGGACAGGAUACCUUGGCACACGUCUGGUCUCACCAUAACUCAUUUUUUUUUAAACACUAGUCAGGAUUCUCCGGCGAUGCUACACAGUCCUACUUCUAGCUCCAAAAGGGCUAGCAGGGUCUUGGUGCUCUUGGUGCACCCUAAAAGCUUUCACCUACCUGUUUAUCUGGAACAGCAAAUCUACAAGGUUAAACGGUGUUAAACUUACCAUCUGGAUUGUUGCAUUAACACGAUCUUAGAAUUUUGACCAUUUCGUGUGCCCAUCUAAGUCCCCAUCUAACUCGCAGCACACUACAGUCCUAUUAAAGUAAUACUGCCUUUACGAAGAAGGCAAGAUCCCACAACCCUCCAUAGUUCCUCUGGAUUCUGGUAUGCGACAUGCCCCUAGUGCUGGAAUCCAUCAAAUUACGAGUUUAAAUAGAAACAUUUAUAAGUGUAAUUUUUUUGUUUUUCCAAAAGUGUUUGUCUUUUCUGAGUAGCUGUUACUACAGCUGAAAGACUUUUUGUGAUACGGUCAUCUUGUAGGUGUUGAUAUUAAGACUAUUUGGGUGAGAUCUUUCAGUUAAAUCCAAUCCUUUUAUAAAAACAAGCCUUGCCUUCGAUAGAGGGUCUUUGCUGUACGUGGUACAUGCCCUAUAGCAUCAUUUGAACAGGAUCGUAGAGAAAAUUAGCAAAUGGAGGCUACAGACAGGCUGAAACCCUAGGUCUUACUAUAGGAAACAACUUCACAAGGAGCAUCUCUCGCUCAUGUGACAUGUAGAGGUUCCAUUCCAUAAGUCUAUGCUCUUGCAUAAGAUCAAACUUGUCUCCUUGACCCAUGAUCCUGGUUUUCUGGCCACCUUUAAGGGUUUUCCUAAGGAGAGUCUGGUUAAUCAUGACAACGCUGGUACAUUAUCUAGAUGGUACAGACCACAACCCCACCAUCACCACCCAAACAUGUACAGAAAUACAGUGAUGUACCGAAUAUAACUGGUUUGAUCGUGCCAUCGAUGACCACCAGGGUUCCUUGUCAACCAUCUCUGCAAGGAGUGUUUUGGGACAAAUUGGUCUAUGAUGUAAAUAUUUUAGAGCAAGUACUACAUCAUGGGUCUCUUUUUCAUGACCUUGUUGGAACAUCUCUACAUGCUGGUGCACAAAAUUGGCGUCCAGAACACACCGGCUCUGGCUGUUAUCAGGGGUUCAUAGAGCGGUCGCAUAACCAGAGUUCUAUGUUACCUCCCAUUGAAUGUUCUAUUUAUUGUUGCUAUGCUGAAUUGAAUAAAAUAAAAUAUAAAUCUAAAAAUGA